UUUACCAGGAUGCGCGAAACCUGAAUUCGCGAACGAACCAUGAUGUUUGGAUGGCUGUUAGUUUGGAUGUUCAGCGUGUACUCAAGCUAUGCCCAGCAAUACUAUGAUUCAACACUAUGUUCUGACACCUCAGUCUAUCCAGGUACGAGGUAUACCUGCAAUUCUAGCCGGGGGUUUUCGUGCCCGACAUUCUUGGUUUACAGAGCUAGCCAUGAUGUUCGAACCAUAUCCACUAUCUCUUCCUUGUUUAAUAUCCCCCCUGCAGAGCUCCUGUCUCCCAGGAACAACGUCACGUCAGGUUCCGAGAUCCUUGAACCGGGCAGAGAAGUCCUUAUCCCGGUUCAGUGUUCUUGCUCGGGCGGAUUCUUUAGUGCAAAUUUUAGCUACACACCCCUGGAAAACACUACAUUCGGGAGCAUUGCUUGCGAGGUUUUUGAAGGUUUAGUGAAACCCGUGACGCUUGCUGAGGAAAACCCGUCCAAGGUUUCUUGGGACAAAGAUUCACUAGGGUCGGGGACUAAGGUUGUCGUGCCAUUAAAAUGUGCAUGUCCUUAUAAGUCUUGGGGGCUUAAGUAUCUUGUCACGUACCCUAUAGUUUCAGGGGACGAUGCAGAUUUAUUGAGCAAAAAGUUCAGAAUUCCUAUCAAAGAAAUAUGGGACAUUAACAGUUUAAGUUUCAAGGAUACAAUCUAUCCAAACACAACCAUUCUCCUACCUCUCAAAUCUGAACCGUCCAUUAAUUUCAGCGUUUCCAAUUCUGAACCUCCCUCUCCAGGGUUUCUCCAGACAUCACCAGUGGAAAAACCAGGCAGAAACCUGAGACUUAAGAAACUAUACAUUUCAGGGUCAGUCAUAGGUUUUUGUCUCCUCGUCGCCACGCUAGUUUCGUGUUCUUUAUACCUGAGGACUUUAAGGAAAUUCAGGGCUGCCAGGGCUCAAUCUUCAAUCCGGAGAACUACAUCAUUUUCGACCCCGAGAAGCUCCCCGAAAUCGGGGCCAAUGGCGAGAAGCUCGACGAAUUCAUGCCUGUCGCCUGAUCUUCUAGCGGGGCUGAAAUACUCUCUGUGCAACUACACAGCAGAAGAGCUGAAGAACGCCACGAGAGGCUUCGACGAAGAUGCUAAGGUGAGCGAGAGCGUGUAUAGAGGGUGGGUUGAUAACUCACAAGUGCUAAUAAAGCAGAUGAGAUUUGAGGGCACAAGGCAAAUCAUUGAUGUCCAUUCAAGGAUCAACCAUGUUAACAUUGUGAGGCUGCAGGGGGUGUGCUAUGGCGAAAACGAUUUCUCCUCGUGUUUCCUCGUGUUUGAAUUCCCUGCAAAUGGGAGCCUGAGAGAGUGCUUGUCGAACCCCCCGGCUUCCCUCAGGUGGCACGGGAGGACUCAGAUCGCCUUCGAUAUAGCCACCGGGCUUCAUUACCUGCACUUCUGCACAAUCCCUCCUUAUACUCACAUGAAUGUUAACACCAAGAACAUUUUCUUGACUCAGAACUGGAGGGCUAAGCUGACCGUUUUUGCAGCCGUGCCAUCACCUUCAUCAGGGGGGAGUAUGGGGAGCCUAGGGGGGUGGGUUUUGCCGGAACAUCUUGUUUAUGGGUCUGAGGAGUUGGAUAAGGGUGAUAUUUUCGCCUUCGGGGUGGUUUUGCUUGAGCUUUUGUCAGGCAAAGAUGAUGGGGAUGGGAGGUUGGUGAGAGAUUCCAUUAUGUUUGUGGGAGGAGGAGGAGGUAGUGAAGGGGGGUGUUUUGAGCAGCUUAGGAAUUUCAUGGAUCCAAACUUGAAGGAAGAUUAUCCUCUUGCAGAGGCUUUGUGUUUAGCUGUUUUAGCUAAAGCUUGUAUUGAGGAUGACCCCAGGCAUAGGCCUUCCAUGGAUGAUAUUAUCAAAAUUCUUGCCAGAAUGGUCUGAGGUACAACAAGAAUAACAAAACUCAGAUCCAGUUUUCAGGUUCAA